CUCAUGUGCGGAUCUUUCUCCUGCCUCCCGGCGCGUGAACAGCCAAGCCUGCUAACUACAGCUCCGCACCUGCGCCUCUCCCCACGGUCACACCAUGUCUGGCUCCUACGACGAGGCCUCGCUGGCUCCAGAGGAGAUCACUGACAGCUUCUGGGAGGUGGGGAACUACAAGCGGACUGUGAAACGCAUCGACGAUGGCCACCGCUUAUGCAACGACCUCAUGAGCUGUGUGCAGGAGCGCGCCAAGAUCGAGAAGGCAUAUGCACAGCAGCUCACGGACUGGGCCAAGCGCUGGCGCCAGCUCAUCGAGAAAGGCCCACAGUAUGGCAGCCUGGAGCGGGCCUGGGGUGCCAUCAUGACCGAGGCGGACAAGGUGAGCGAACUGCACCAGGAGGUGAAGAACAACCUGCUGAACGAGGACCUGGAGAAGGUCAAGAACUGGCAGAAGGACGCUUACCACAAGCAGAUCAUGGGCGGCUUCAAGGAGACCAAGGAGGCUGAAGAUGGCUUCCGCAAGGCCCAGAAGCCCUGGGCCAAGAAGAUGAAGGAGCUGGAGGCAGCCAAGAAGGCCUACCAUAUGGCCUGCAAAGAGGAGAAGCUGGCCAUGACGCGGGAGAUGAACAGCAAGACGGAGCAGUCUGUCACUCCCGAGCAGCAGAAGAAGCUUCAGGACAAAGUGGACAAGUGCAAGCAGGAUGUGCAGAAGACACAGGAGAAGUAUGAGAAGGUGCUAGAAGAUGUGGGCAAGACCACGCCCCAGUACAUGGAAGGCAUGGAGCAGGUGUUUGAACAGUGCCAGCAAUUUGAGGAAAAACGGCUGGUCUUCCUCAAGGAGGUGCUGCUGGACAUCAAACGUCACCUCAACUUAGCAGAGAACAGCAGUUACAUCCAUGUGUACCGUGAGCUGGAGCAGGCCAUCCGGGGGGCGGAUGCUCAGGAGGACCUCCGAUGGUUCCGCAGCACCAGCGGCCCCGGCAUGCCCAUGAACUGGCCCCAGUUUGAGGAGUGGAACCCAGACCUCCCCCACACCGCAGCCAAGAAGGAGAAGCAGCCCAAGAAGGCAGAGGGGGCGGCGCUGAGCAAUGCCACUGGGGCCGUGGAGUCCACAUCCCAGGCUGGGGACCGCGGCAGUGUCAGUAGCUAUGACAGAGGCCAGCCCUAUGCCGCCGAGUGGUCUGAUGACGAGAGCGGCAACCCCUUUGGAGGCAACGAGGCCAAUGGUGGUGCCAACCCCUUCGAGGAUGACACCAAGGGAGUGCGGGUGCGGGCACUCUAUGACUAUGAUGGCCAGGAGCAGGAUGAGCUCAGCUUCAAAGCCGGAGACGAGCUCACCAAGCUGGGAGAGGAGGACGAGCAGGGCUGGUGCCGCGGGCGGCUGGACAGCGGGCAGCUGGGCCUCUAUCCUGCCAACUACGUGGAGGCCAUCUAACUGCCCCGCCCCCUCCGCAACCCCACCUCCUCACCCACCGCCUGCCCGCCCUUCCCACCCUUGUCUCCUCCUCCUUGCCAUAGAGUUCCAGACAUAUUUUCCGAUCAAGCUUUUAUUUUUUUAAAAGUCAAAACAGAACAAAA